CUACAUCACACAGCAUAUACUUUUCCUCUUCACAGACAUCUCCUUCUUUCUUCUAUAAAUGAAGGAUGGAGUGUGCCAAGGUGAGGCUUGAAGCCAGCAGCAUCUCCCCCUCCCUUCUCUUCUGAUCUGUGAGGUCGGUCAGCUUCUUCUUCAUCUCUCCUCCUCCUCCCUUUUCAUCAUUGGAGAAACCAGCAAUCUAAGUAGCAGGAUGAAGGAGCGAAGCGAGGCAGGCAUGGCCGGGACCUCAUCCUCCUCUUCCUCCCCCUGCGCUUCAUUUGGCUCCCUCGACGACGUCUCCGUCAAGCCCACGCGGGCCAUCAAGUUCCUCUGCAGCUACGGCGGCAAGAUCCUCCCACGUUACCCCGACGGCAAGCUCCGUUACGUAGGCGGCCACACGCGCCUCCUCGCGGUCGAUAGAUCCAUCUCUUUCUCAGAGCUGCAGGUGAAGCUGAGCGAGUUGUGCGGGUGGGGUGCGGUGAGCCUCCGGUGCCAGCUGCCGACGGAGGAUCUCGACGCCCUUAUCUCCGUCACCUCCGACGAGGACCUCGCCAACCUAGUCGAGGAGUACGACAUCGCGAGCCGAGACCGGCCUUCCCCUCUAAAGAUCCGAGCCUUCCUUUUCCUCACCCCGCCAUCAUUGUCCUCCUCCUCCAGACCUUCCCACAAAGCUAGUCCUACCAUCCCUAUCUCCACAGGCCGGCCUCCGUUCAUCGCCACCGAGCGCUGCGUCCACUGGGUCUCCGUGCCGCCAAAGUUGUAUAGCCGGUACGGAAUGCCCGCCGCAUCGACCACCGUGGGGCAUACUCGCUUCCACAGCCGCCACCACCAUGGCCAUGGCAGCCCGAGAGCAUCUAAAUUAAUGUAA